AUGCCUUUAUGUUUGCGACUGCCUUUCAGGAACUCGGCCAAGAGAAGAAAGGCUCGACCGAAUCUAUCUUCGACAGUGUCCUCGACAAGCAAGGAAGACGGUCAGCCGACAACCUCGGAGCCAACGCUAUCGAGACCGAACUCAGUGCCUACUCCAUCCGUGACGCACGACAAUCUGUGGGAACGAGCAGAGAAGGAUUUAAGGAAAGACAAAAAGGGAGAAGAGCUCCUCCAGGAAGACGGUCAGCCGACAAUCUCGGAGCCAACGCUAUCGAGACCGAAAUCAGUGCCUACUCCACCCGUGACGCACGACAAUCUUUGGGAACGAGCAGAGAAGGAUUUAAGGAAAGACAAAAAGAGAGAAGAGCUCCUCCAGGAAGCCACCCAGAUCCUCAAGGAUUGGGGAUUGAAUAUUCAGCUAAGCGGGGGAGAUGGCUACAAGAAGCUUUGCAGCUUUCUUGAGGUUCAAACAAGCGAGCUGAAGGAGAAGGAGUGGAUGAUUGGUGAUCAAAAUGUCUCCGUUCGAGACAAAGUCACCAAGGUGAUGAGGAAUAUUUUGGUGGUGAAAGAUGUGAUCAAUACUGCAGCGACCGCAAGUCCUCCGGCUGCAAUAGCAUGUGCGGCCAUGACAGUCAGCCUCUUGCUCUUCAUCCAAGCCGUCGAACAACGAGAGGUCCUUCUGCAGGGUUUAGACAAAACAUCUGCAAUAAUUCUCCGUAUCCACAAAAUGGAUGAUCUUUACUUACACUUGAAUGAGACCUCGGACGAUUUCAUUGAAAAGUUCGAGGAGACAUUGACUUCUCUGUGCUGCAAACUAUUGGAAUUUCAGGCCCGGGCGCUGUGCUACCUUCAAAAGAAUUCAUUCGUUCAGUUUUCAAGGGGUAUGCUGAAAAGAGACCCCUGGGAUUCAUUACUCAAAGACAUGCAAGACCUUGAAAAUGAAGCUAGGAAAUUUAUCUCCCUGAUUGAAGCAGACGAGUUGAAGUCGGAAAGAGAAAGGCGGGAAGGGGAGCUCCAAAGUGCCUUGGAAAGACACCAAAUCUGGCAAACGACAUCGAAGCGAAAUCAGACGCUGAAGGGAUUUUUCCAGCGUCUCUAUACUUGUCCGUACCGAGAUAGAAAGGACAGAAACAGCCCACGCGUGCCUGAGACUUGUGAAUGGUUUACCAGCCACCCUCGUUUUCGAAAAUGGAACGAGAGCCCAGAGGCAGGUCUCUUAUGGGUUUCGGCAGACCCCGGAUGUGGAAAAUCGGUUCUGGCUAAAUAUUUGGUUGAUGAAGUGCUUCCAAAGCCCAGAGGAAGAACUGUUUGCUAUUUUUUCUUCAAGGAUGAUUUCGAUGACCAAAGGAGCUCUACGAGUGCCCUCUGCAGCCUAUUACGCCAAGUUCUCAUGGCCCAGCCAAGCCUUCUACCACAAUCUGCACUGGACAAGUUCGAAACAGAUGGGGAUAAACUGAUCGAAUCUUUCAGAGAUUUAUGGAACAUCCUUAUAAGUGCCUCCUCCAAUCCACAAGCCGGCGAGAUCAUCUUUGUGGUUGAUGCCUUGGAUGAGUGCCAAGAUGCCGAUCGAUCUCAACUCAUUGAGGAAGUGACGAGAUUCUACUUGAACAACAGUCAAGGCCACAAUAUCAAAUUUUUGAUGACAAGUCGACCAUAUGGCCACAUACGCAGCGCCUUCCAGAAUCUCGAGAGAGAAACUCCCGCGAUUCAUUUGAAUGCUGAGAAUGAAGUGGAAGUCGAUAAAAUCUCACGGGAGAUAGAUCUCGUGGUCGCAAGUCGGGUUUGUGAGCUUGCCGACCGCAAAUCACUUGAGCCAAGCGAGCAUACAUUCCUGCAGGAGCAGCUGACUAGUAUACAACAUCGAACCUAUCUCUGGGUGACUCUUACUAUGGAAUACAUAGAGAAGACCCCUGGCUUUACCAAAGGAAAUGUCCGCCGAACAAUGGGUGCUGAAAUACCAACUAGCGUGAAUGACGCUUACAGCAAAAUAUUGAAUCGGAGCCCAAACCAUAUCAAGGCGAGAAGGCUUCUUCACAUCAUCCUAGCUGCCAAACGUCCACUUCUCGUGGAGGAAUUAUCACUCGCCUCAGCCGUACAGAAAGUUGACCAACCUGCUGACGAGGUCAAAGAUGACAUAGAAAUCGUUGAACGAUUCAAGGAUACAAUAAGGGACCUCUGUGGGCUUCUUCUAGUCAUUAUUGAGGGGAAGGUGUACCUCCUCCACCAGACAGUCAAGGAAUUUCUAGUUCACACUCCAUCUUCGGGCAGCAUCUCGGCAUUCCAUACCUGGCAACACUCCCUUGAACCAAUGGAAUCAAGCAAAGUACUUGCGGAAGUAUGCAUUUGGGUCCUCUUUACGCAUUCAGAAACAAGCCAAAAAGACUUUUGGGAUUACUCCGUGGAAUACUGGAUGGUUCAUUUGCGUGAAUCUUGUUCCUAUAAAGGAGAUAAACUCACAGAGUUGGGAGCCCUUCUCUGUUCUCCAUGGACUACAGGAGGUAGAAGGGUUUAUGAGCAUUGGGAACAGGUGUGGAUUUCUUGUCCAAAAGAUCCUUCACCGUUGAUCGUCGCAUCUUGCCUUGGAUUAGAAGGAGUUGUUGAAUUGCUGCUUGGCUCUGAGGAAACAGAUAUUUCUUCAAAGGACUCUGCAUAUGGACGAACUCCACUCUCCUGGGCAGCAAGACAGGGUCAUGAGGGUGUGGUCAAGUUGCUUCUUCAGACUGGGCAGGUGGAUAUUGAUUCUAAGGACGAGGAUCAACGAACUCCACUCUCCUGGGCAGCAAGAAAUGGUCAUGAGGCUAUGGUCAAGUUGCUUUUUCAAACAGGGCAGGUGGAUAUUGAUUCUAAGGACGAGGAUCAACGAACUCCACUCUCCUGGGCAGCAGGAAAUGGUCAUGAGGCUGUGGUCAAGUUGCUUUUUCAAACAGGGCAGGUGGAUAUUGAUUCUAAGGACGAGGAUCAACGAACUCCACUCUCCUGGGCAGCAGGAAAUGGUCAUGAGGCUGUGGUCAAGUUGCUUUUUCAAACAGGGCAGGUGGAUAUUGAUUCAAAGGACUUUUAUCAACAGACUCCACUCUCCUGGGCAGCAAGACAUGGUCAUGAGACUGUGGUCAAGUUGCUUUUUCAAACCGGGCAGGUGGAUGUUGAUUCUAAGGACUCAUAUCAACGAACUCCACUCUCCUGGGCAGCAAGGCAUGGUUAUGAGGCUAUAGUCAAGUUACUUCUUCAGACCGGGCAGGUGGAUAUUGAUUCAAAGAAUGAGAAUCAACAAACUCCACUCUCCUGGGCAGCAGGAUAUGGUCAUGAGGCUGUGGUCAAAUUACUUCUUCAGACCAGGCAGGUGGAUGUUAAUUCUAAGGACUCAGAUCAACAGACUCCACUCUCCUGGGCAGCAAGCGCAGGUUCUGAGGCUGUGGUUAAGUUACUUCUUCAGACUGGGCAGGUGGAUAUUGAUUCUAAGGACUCACAUCAACAGACUCCACUCUCCUGGGCAGCCAGAACGGGUUCUGGGUCUGUGGUCAAGUUGCUUCUUCAGACUGGGCAGGUAGAUAUUGAUUCUAAGGACUUAUAUGAACGAACUCCACUAUCCUGGGCAGCAGAAAGGGGUCAUGAGGCUGUGGUCAAGUUACUUCUUCAGACCGGGCAGGUGGAUAUUGAUUCAAAAGACUUGGAUCAACGAACUCCACUCUCCCGGGCAGCACAACAUGGUCAUGAGGCCGUGGUGAAGCUGCUUCUUCAGACUGGGCAGGUGGAUAUCGAUUCAAAAGACUCAAAACAACGAACUCCACUCUCCUGGGCAGCAAAACGUGGUUAUCAUCCUGUUGUCAAUUUGCUUCUUCAGACUGGGCAGGUAGAUAUCGAUUCAAAGGACUCAAAUGGAGUUACUCCACUCUUUCGGGCAGCAGCAAAGGGCCAUGAGCGUGUGGUCAAGUUGUUAUCUGACGCUAGCACUAGGGUGAAGAUGGGUGAACCAGCAGUUGCCCUUAUUUAA